UCCGUCGCUGGAGGCCUGGUAUUGCGCAUGCGUACAGCUUUGAAUUGCCCGUCUGUGACUGUCAUGGCUGCCGUCGUGUGUGGACGGAGGAGAAACGGGGAAAUGGUCGGGUCCUCGUCGUUUUGGAGUCCGCUGUCCUGCUGUGCCGGAUAUAGUUGUCUAGUAUUUGUAGUACUUUCUAUUUCUUUACCUUCUGGGAUUCUAGGCAAUGUCUGCAGGGUGAAGGCAGGUGAUGGCAGAGAAUCGGAGAGUUGUGGAGCAAACCUGGACCUGGAGCAUUCAUUUGAGAUUGAUGAUAGCAUCAACUUUAAGAAGAGAGGCAUGCUGAUCUGGGGCUCCACUGCAGACCAGGGUGUCUCCAUCUUACAGAAGCAACUUACGGAAGAUGAAAGGAACAAAUUAAGAGAUAUUGCAAAUCUAAAUGGACUUUACAGAAUUCGGAUCCCUCGUAAACUGGGAGUUACUGAAGAGUCCCAUGAAUACGUCACGUCGUUUGUCCGAGCGUGUUCCAUGGUUGAAUCUCACCUCUCAGACCAACUCAUGGUUCAUACAGACAUUUCCGGGAACAUAGUGGGAGUGUCCAUUGUAACCCUCCCUGGGUCCUGCAGCGGUGCAGAGGUGGAAGACGUUGAUUUGGAACAAUUUAACACCACUGUCUACAUCCAGCAGCCGAUCCCAGCAGCAGUGCCUGAGACAGCGGCUUUCAUUGAAAGACUGGAGAUGGAGCAGGCACAAAAAGCUAAAAAUCCUCAGGAACAGAAAUCCUUUUUUGCUAAAUACUGGCAUAUAAUACUAGGAGGGGCACUGUUGCUAAUGUUAACCAAUUCGGCGAAAGUACCAAGGGAGCCAGGACAGCAGGCCUGAGGAACUGAAUGGAUGUACAUAAUUCCUGUUGUUCUGUUUUUGAUGAUGUCCGGAGCAUCAGAUGCCGGUAACCAAGGUGGAAAUGGCGGAGGCGGUGGCAACGGUGGCGGAAGGUGAUUGGACGUGAGAUGCAAUCUGCAGCUAAACACCGGCUGCUUGCUGCUGAAGCGUGGAAACUGCGUCAUCCUGAUCAAGAUCUGGAGGAUGCGUUUAUUUUGUCUUAAAAAAAACUUUUUUGUUUUUUUUGUUUUUUCUUAUGAUCAAAUUGUUGUUGCCGCACCGGAGACCCAAUACAACCUAAUUUAUUAACUUGUAAUCAUUUGCACUGGCUAUUUGAA